AUGGAGCCGCUGGCGAUCGUGACGGUGGCCGGCGGCGUGCUGACCCCGGUGUUCGUGCUGCUAUCGCGCCUCCAGCCCGUCGUCGACUUCUUCCGCCGCCUUUGCGACUGCCUCCGGCACCCUCAGCGCCGCCCCGCUAGGCCGGUAAGUCUCGGAUAA